UUCAGCACACCUGCAUUAUCAGUGUAAUAAAACCACAUUCUGAGGGCUAUAAAAAUAGGAGUUGGUUCUUAAUUUUAACAGUAAAUAUCUGUGGCGAUGUAUUUGAAGAACUUGUCUGGAGUUGUGUUCAUCACCUUCUGCAUUUCAACAGCAGCAAAUGGAAAUAUUCUGCAAAGAGAAGAGAGAGGCAUCACAAUAACAGAAAACAAUCGGACAACCUAUAUCGAGAUUCUGAGAGGCAGAGACGGUCGAGAUGGUCUACCUGGGGCGCCAGGCAGAGACGGGUCACCAGGUUUAAGGGGAGGCUCUGGACCAGAGGGUAAAAUUGGAUCACAAGGGCCUUCCGGACCAGCCAGUGGAGGGGUGGUGUACACACGAUGGGGAAAGAGCUCCUGUCCAGACAUUCCUGGAACAGAGCUUCUCUACUCCGGAAUUGCCGGGGGGACGCAUUACUCACACAAAGGAGGCGGUGGCAAUUACCUAUGUAUGCCGACAGACCCAGAAUAUAUUCUUCCACACGCAGGAGGAGUGAGAAAUCAUGCGUAUGUCUAUGGAGGAGAAUAUAAUGAACCUAUUCAAGGAGUUAACCAUCACAACAUUCCUUGUGCUGUAUGUGAGGUCUCUAACCGAGCCAAGAUCAUCAUGAUUCCAGCUAAAGCUACAUGCCCUAAAUCAUGGACAAGAGAGUACUAUGGCUACAUUAUGACUAGUUAUUAUCAAUGGAGUCGAACUAGGUUCGAAUGCGUUGACGAAGACCAAGAAUCGAUUGCCGGGAGUGCUGGUGGCGGUACCAUUGGUUUUAGGUUUCAGCAUGCUGAAGCAUCCUGCAGUGGACUGCCCUGUCCACCCUACGAACCAGCUAAAGAACUUAACUGUGUAGUAUGUUCCAAAUAAAUAUGGCAUGCAUUUGAAGCUGGAAUAAUUGUGAUAAUUGCCAGUUUGUAAUUGGCAUUGCAUGAUGUGUGAUCAUGCAAAACAUCUUCAA